AUGGCGACCGUCUCACCCAACCAGUUUGCCGUCUCCUUCCCAGCCUCACCACCGUUCCACAACGUCGGCGUCUUCCUGCACCCCAAUAAUCUUCUCCCACCAGGUACGGCUGCUGGAGUCUACAUGCAACUGCCGGGGGAGCAGGGAUUCAAGUUCCUGGGGGCCAUCGGCAACGAGAAGCCCUCAGCCUUGUUCCGCGUCAACCUGCCGGACGCCAUUGCCAACAACCCGUCUGCCGGGCAGAUCAAUCUCGGUAUCUCCGUGGAGCCAGCAGACAACAUCCAAGCACAGAUGCUGCAGCUUCAACAGCAGUCACCGUCGGCGUCGAAUUCCACUGCUGUGGCAAAGAGACCCCCCGAUACGAGGGUGUUGGCCCAGCGAAUCAUCAGGAACGCCUUCAAUUUCUUGGCCAGCUUUGCCGGCAACACGGCCAACGGGAUCGAAGUUGUGCCGCUGAAGAGCUUUCAAGAUUGGUGGACCAAGUUCGAAAGACGGGUACAGAACGAUCCAGGGUUUUUGGAGAGAGACGGAUUUUAG